AUGGCGUCGUCCGCUCUCUUGCCCUCCUUCGAAGGCUUGCGAGCUCAGAGUUCCUGCCAGAAGCCUGCCUCCUCGGCACCCACCACCAGUGCCAGCCCAACGCACCAACCCCUCUCGGUGGUGGCUGACAAGCGAGUGCAGAAGCGGCGACAGGUUAUCCUCACCGAGGAUGUGGAGUAUCUCGGCAAGUCUGGAGCUCUUCUUGCUGUGAAGACCGGCUACUUUCGCAAUUUUCUGUAUCCCACCGGGAAGGCGAAGCUGGCGACUCCGGAGAUUUUGAAGGCCAUACGGUUGGAGGAGGUGCGGAAGGAGGAGGAGAGGAAGGCCGUGAAGGCGGAAGCGGAGAGUGUGGCGAGGGUGCUGCAGAAUGCGGGGAUUUUGACGCUGCGGAGGAAGAGGGGAGGACAAGGGAAGCAGAUAUUUGGGUCGGUAACGUCGCAGGACAUUGUGGACAUCAUUAGGGCGAACACGAAGCAGGAGGUGGAUAAGAGGGACGUGACGGUUCCGGAGGUGCGAGAGAUUGGGCAGUACUCGGUGGAGAUAAGGUUGCACCCGGAGGUGAUAGCGCAGGUGAAGAUUAACGUGGUUGGGCAGUAA